AUGGCUUUGCCAGAUAGAAACGACGUUUUUGAGUUUUGUGGCUUUGCGAAUGGAUCUUCUUUUCGAACCAAGUUAGUUUUUGUGUGGAUUUUUGAGGGAAAUAUGUAUUUUUGAGGUAUUUCCUGGAUGAAUCCACCAUGACAAUAACGCCAUGCGCCGAGCUUUUGCUUAUUUCGGUUCAGACGAUCCCGCUUUUUUUCUUCACUUUGAUAAAUUACUCACUUCUCAGGGUGAUGAUUAGAUGAAAGAGUGGAAAGUAUUUAAAAUACUCUGUUCAGCGUUUCUACCCUCGCUUUGAAUCUCCCGCGAUCCCGAGAAUUUUCAUUUUUCGAUCUUUUGUGAGCUUCGUUUCAGCCGCCGUUCUGGUUUUCUCCAUAGUUUUCACAGCAUUUGGGGUAGAUGAAAUGCAAAAUAAUGUUUUAAUUGUUUUUUUCAAGGGAAAAGGUUUCGAAAUAAAAUCGGCGUUUCAAAUUGAAUACGGUUUGAUGGCCUUGACAUGGCUCGCCUAUGCGUUUUUGUGGGUUUUCUCGGUUUUCGAGCAAAGGUCCGUUAUUUUUAUCAUUUUUUAAGGUAAAAUAGGUAUUUUUUCAGUUGGACAAGAUCAAGAGAACUCGUGGUGUCGGCCUUUUUCGCUUCGAAAGUUUAUUAUUUAAUUUUGGCGAAUCGAUGGAUUUUAUACGGAUUUCUGAACCCAAGAACCAUAAUUAUAGCAGUUUUGGCCGUUUUUCAAACGAUCAAUUCGGUGAAUGGAUUCAUCGAGUGGCGAAUUCACAAGUUGGUUAUUUUUAAAGGCGCAUGGGCAAAAUUUAUGAAGGUCUUGAGGCGAAGAACAUUCUUAGUGAAUUUUUGUCAUGAACGGCUUUUAAAAAUUUGUAAUUUUCGAGGAAAUUACCAGUUUUUGAGAUUUUUUGAAACUGCACAUGUUUUAAAGUAUUUUAUUGAUAUAAAAAAAUCUAAAUUUUUGAGGAAAUUAUUAAGAAUUUUUAAAUAGAGUAUUUUUCCGUUUUUUUAAAAAAAGUUUUAUUGUUUUUUUCAGAGGCUCUUUUGAUGAAACUACUUUUUUUCAGGGACCACUUUAGGGCUUUGAUGUUUUUAGUAGACACUAUAGUAGUCGACUUAGAGGCCACUUAAGUGGCAAAAAAAUCAGUGAUUUUUUGAGUAAACUACUGCAUCACAAAAACUACUAUAGUGGCCACUAAGACGCAAAAUAGUGGCUUCUAAAAGGUGGUUUUAGUGGCCACUUUAGUGUUCUCUCCAAGUAGUCCUUUAGGAACCUCUCAAGUGGUCACUAAAGUUUUUCCCACUAAAUAUUAGAUUUUUCAUAUUUUUCCAUCCUUUUCUGGUGAAAAAGCGACAUUUUUUUCCAGAAGAUCCCAAUUUUUUUCCCACGUCGCGUUUCCACUCGAAGUCGAUGAAACUGUUCAUCUGGACGACUUGGCCGACGAACAGGCCUCGAUUUUCUCCCGGAUUUUCUUCCUUUGGACAAAUCAACUCGUGAAAAAAGGCGGCAGGAAGCAGCUGAAUGCGGUUGGUCGUGGGAAAAUUGAAAAGGAAUUUCAAAAUCAAAAAAAGAAGGAUAAAAGAAAAUAGAUGAUGUUACAGUUUCACAGCCAAGGGAAAAACAAAUAGCAAGAUUUAUCGGUGCUUCUCGGCUAUACUUCUGGAUUUCAUACGAAAAAUGUUGAUCAAAUUCUUUCUUUGAAAAUGGAUUUUUUUCAACAUUUAAGUGGUCACUAGAGGCGUGCUUAAAGAUUCCCCUCAAGGGGCUGUUUAACCUCCCCUUCAGAGGGCACUAAAGAUUGAAAAAGUGGCCACUUUAGGGGGAGCAUUUUAGGGUUUCCAAGGGACAAAAAUUAAGAUUUGACGCAAAAAAACGUUCUGUUUCAGGUGUUAGAAAAAUAACAGUUUUGUCAAUUUUUUAAAAAUGAUGACUGUCGAUUAAAAAAAAAUAAAAGGCCACUUUAGGGACCACUUGAGCUUAAGGGGGGUAAACUAAUAUUGACCAGAUAAAAUUUGGUCUUCUAGGAAGAGCUAAAUUUUGAUUGCUGUUAGGUUUUUUCUCCCUGAUCCCUCUAGUGACCACUCUGGCGUUUCUAUCCUUUUUACACAUUAGGUUUCUUUACCGGUUUUUGAAUUUUUCGGAGUUUUUGAAAAAAAUUUCCAAUGAAAAUUAGAGCCAUCAUAAAUUCGUCUUCAUUAAAAAAAUCGGAAUUUUUUUCAUUUUUUUAACUAUUUUUUUCCUCAUUUAUAGGCGUUUGUAUGACGAAAAAUUGUUCAUUUUUUUCAACUUUUUUUGUUUUUUUAACGGAACUUUUUCAAAUCUUUUUAAAAAAACCUUUAAAAAAAUCCAGUACUUUUUUUCCAGUUGGACGACGUCUUCAAACUCCCACCCUCCCUCCAAGUGGGCACUGUAGAGAGGGCGAUGGUCGAAAAUUCUCCGACCUUUUAUUCCGACGGAACUCCUUAUUCCAUCGCCAAGUCCCUUCUGGCGACGUUCGGCGUCCAAUUCUUCUCCCUGGCCGUUCUUCGUCUCGCUUCUGACGCCUUCACCUUCGCCGGACCCAUCCUGCUUCAUCUUCUCGUUCAGACCUUCGAUUCGCCCCUUCCUACGGUUCGUCUCAAUGGGAUUUUAGGAAGAAAAAGAGGAAAUUCCAAGGAAAAACAGAAAAUUUGGUUUUAUUGAAGUUUUUAUCCCGAACUUGCGGGACUUUGAGCUUUUUUUCCGCUUAAGAGAAGUUUAUGAAGUUCAAAAAAAGCUUCAAUGGUUGAAAAUGAAUCAGCGUCAGAUGUCCUUCACGUCAGAAAAUGAACCAUUAAAUGAUCACUAAAGUGAUUUUUUCAACUUUUGAGUGGUCACUCAGGGGUUUAACAAAAAUGGUGCUGCAAGUGUGACCGACCUACUUAGGAACGCCGGAGUGGUCCCUGGAGGGGCAGGCUUAGGAAUACUUGAAUGUGUCCCUCUAGGGACCACUAAAGCUUGCAAAAAUGACCACUCUAGGGCAGCGUGCUAUUGGGGUCGUUUUGAACGUCAUAGCAGAACGAAAAGUUGAAAACCGCUCUAGGGACCACUCAAGCUUUAGGAGUCAGAACUUGAACCCCUAUAGGGAACAUUUAAAUUCUAACUCUAUAGGGAGCACUAUUUUUUUCAUUUUAAGAGCCGUUUUUUCCUCUAGUAAGAGGGACAUUUUUCCUGUUUUUUUUUCGUUAGAAGAUUCUCGAGUGAACUUUUAUUUUAUGAGAGGUUAGACGUGAAAAAAAAUUUAAGAAGUUUUUUUGAUUUUUUAAAGAUUGAAAAUAAUAUUUUAUCGUCGCAAAAAAUUUUUUUCCAGAACGACAGCUACACUUACGCCGGUCUAAUGAUAGUCUGCUCCUUGGCCGCAGCUCUUUUCUCUGCGAAUUUCAACUAUUAUGUCCAGAAGAUCAGCUUCAAGUUGGUUUCUUCAAGAAAAGCUUUAAAAAAUCGAUAAAAAAGGGUCCGAGCAGCGACGAUCACAGCGGUGUACGACAAGCUGACCUGUGUCCCGUUGGCCGAAAUGCGCGGCGUUUCUUCCGGUAAUAAUUGCCUUUUUUCCUGGUGAAAAUGUCCCAUGCAGAAUGGUAACGUCUUUGAAGCAAAUCGGAGGAAAAAACCACUUAGGGACCCCUAGAGUGGACCUUUGAAGACAACUGAAGUAACCCCUCUAGGGACCACUCUAGCGUUACUAAUAACCUAAAAUCAGUUUUUUUUAGAACUAGAUUUUAUCCUCUUUAUGCUCCAUAGUCUGUUAUGCGAGAAGCAAUCACGUUUAAAAGCACAGCCGAAAAAAAUGCUACCGUAACAAUUUUUUGGCUCUUUUCUCUAAAAUUUCACCAAAAAAAGGCCUCGAAGCGAAAUUUGGUCCAACUUAGUAUACGGUACUUUUUGGAGAUACAGAAGCUACCGUAUCCCCAGCUUUUUUCAUUUUUGCCUACAAAACUACAAAAAGGUCUCGAAGGGAAGUACGGUACUUUUUGCAAAAAAUAGCUACCGUAUCCACAGCCGUUUGUUCAUUUUUCUUCACAAAAAUUGGAAAAAAUUGUAUCGAAACGAAAUUUGGUUGGUCAAGUUUGUUAUACGGUCACUUUUGCAACAAAAAAAUUCGCACUUUUUACUCAAAAAAAGAAAAGUGAGUUUCAAUCAAUUGGGAGGGACGAACAAAUAGAAUAAUCAACUCCAUAUUUAGUCGUUAUUCGAAACAGAAACGUGACGUUGCUCAGAGUUCAGCGUUUUUUUGUCAAGAUGAAUACUUUUUACUCGACUUUUUCGGAAGGAAAAACGUGUCGUUUUGAAAUUUUUUUGUAAUUUUUUUCGAGAAAAAAAGUUAUUGUUUUAUUGUUUCAAAAAGAUUCAAAAAAAGCUGUACAAUCCACGAGAAAAAAAUUGGCGGAAAAUAUUUUAUUUUUUUCUAGAAUUUCAAGAAAAGCAGGAUUCAGGACAAAAAUUGAACUUUUGAGAUCUUGAAAAUGUGAAGAAAUUUUUUUAAAAAAAUUACAUUUUUCCCGAGUUUCGCUAUGAAAAAAACCCAUUUUUUUCUCAAGUUUUUGCAUAGAAAGUUUUCAUUUUUUUGUCCCAAGUUUUUCAUUUUUUUCCUUGUUUUUGAAUCGAAAAAAAUUGAAAUUUUUAAAAGGGAAAAUGAUGAAUUUUUAUCUCGACGGACGUCGAUUGUAUCGUCAAUUUCUGUAAUUCUUUUCCACGCUUUUUUUGGAGUUUGCCGGUCCAACUUUGCGUCGCCUUGUAUUUGCUUCAUAGAGAGGUUUGUUCAGAAUGUUUUCUUUAUAUUCUGUAAUUUUUCUUAGUGAUUCUAUAAGGUUUUUUCUAUGAAAAAAAGAAAGGUUUUAUUUUUUUAAAGGUUUUUUUGAAGAAAAUUUCAAUUUUUUCGAACUCUUCGCUUUUGAAACAGUUAUUGAACCGAGUUUUUCAUGAGUUUUUUGUUAAAAAUCACAAAAUUCGCAAUUUCGAGUCACUCAUCAUUUUUUUGUACAGAGGAGUUUGUUCAGAAAAAAAACAUUUUCUAAAAAUUAAUUUUUAUUUUAUUUUUCUUCCAGAUUUUUCAGUUUUAACCGGCCUUUUUUUCUGAAAAUGGCAUUUUUUUUUCAUUAAAUCAUGUUCUCAAGCUAUUUUUGGUUUGAUCUGCAGGUUGGAAUGGCCUUCAUCUCGGGUCUCGUCGCCGCCAUUCUACUCAUUCCCAUCAAUAAAGUUAUAACGAAUUAUAUCGGGAAAAUGAGCGAAAGGCUGAUGAAUUGCAAGGAUUUGAGGAUCCGAGUGAGUUUUGAAAGAUUAAAAAAAGAAAAAAUCAAAUUCUAUAAUCCAAGUAAUAGAAAAUUGAAAAAACAGGGAAAAAGUGGAAAUUUCCAAUUUUCAAUGGAUAAAAUUGACAUUUGAAAAAAAGAAAAAAAUAAGAGAGGAUUAAUUUUUGAGAAAAGGGCUUUCUUUUAUUAUAUAAACAUUGAAACAGGAGUUUGAGUUAAUUUUUUUGAUUGAGAGAAAAUCUCUGAUUUCAAUGUUUUAUCCAUCAGAACAAGACAACUUUUGAUCAAAAAAAAUUUUUUUCUCCAAAAAAAAAAAAAUUUAAAAAGGAAAAUUCUUCGUGAGAAUUUAAAAUAGGACAAUUAAAAAUUAAAAGUGUUCACAGUUUCAAAAAAAUUUUUAAUGUGGAAAAGUUUGAUUAAAAUUGAUUUGAAUCCAAAUAAAUUGUUUUGGAAGUUUACUGUUUCAAAUACUUUUCAACAAAAAAAUGUAGACACUUUGUGAUGUUGGGAACAUUUUUUUCGAGCUCUUAUGAAAUACGGGCGUUUAGAAAAAUGCGUCCGCUUUUUUUGUGCUCCACUGUAAAUUAAUAACAUACCUGCGUUUUUUUGAAUGUUCAUUUUUUUCUUUUAAAAUGAAAAAUAAUUUUUUUAAUUUUUUUCUAUUCUUUUUCUAAUCAGCCUGUUGAUGCCUUUUUUAUUUUUGACAGUAAACCAUUUUUCAAGAUUUAUUUUUGUCCCAUAUCCAAUUUUUUUCACCUCAUUUUUGGUUUAUUAAUUUUUUUCAAGCAAUAAAAAUAUUUUUAUCAUAAUGAGUUUAUUAAUUUCGUUGUAUUACUAUUGAAUCGUUUUUCAAAGGAAAAAAAUACAAAAUUUGAGAUAAAGUGCCAGAAAAGGCGAAAGAGAUAAGAUCAAGAAACGCGUGUAUUUUUAUUAAUUUUUCAGUGGAGCACGAAAAAAGCGGUCGCAUUUUGUAAAAACCUGUAUUUUUUUUUCGACUUUGAAGAUAUAUGUCUUGGUCAUCAGUAACGCGAAACGGAUGUUUCUGGACAUUUCUAGGGAUCACUUAAGAGUUCUGAAGCUACUAAAGUGGUCACUAGAACAUUUUCGAGGCAUUAGUUGCUAACUUCUCAUAUUCAAGUGUUAUCAAGAAUUUCACGCUUUAUUCUGUUGAUUUUUAAAAUAAUUUGAAAAGGUAAUCUCAAUUUUUUUAAUCAUUAAUUUAUGUUUAUUAAAUUCAUUUUUUCAAAGAAGUUUCAAAAAAACUCUUAAAGAAUGGUUUCAGGGGGCCUCAGAAAUGCGAUUUGUGUGAAACAAAUUGGAAAAAAAUCCUUUUUUUGAAUUCAAUUUAAAAAUCUAGGGUUCACAUGAAUAUAUACUCUUUAUCUAGAAACAAAUAACUAAUACGUUUUUUUGAAGAUUGGGAGAAAAUAUUCCAUUUUUAGAUGAUCAAGGAGACGAUGGAAGGAAUAAAAAGUGAUCAAAAUGUCCUCCUGGGAAAGGAUUUUCGAGCAGAAAAUCACCGAUUUGAGAAACGCCGAGCUCCGUUAUUUGAAGGUAAAAAAAUGAAUUUUGAAAAGGCUUUUUUUCAUUUUUUGUAGUUACUUUGUAGCUAGAAAUUCAAGUUUUUUUAGUAUGGUUUGUUAAAAUUUCUGAUGUUGUGAGAAAUUUUAGUGGUAACUUAAGGGUUUCGACGUUUUAGUGGCCACUAUAGUAGCUGAAUUAAUGACUACUUGAGUGGUUAGAUUUUUGUGGCCUCUUCAGAGGUCUGAGUGAUAAUACUGGACUAUUAAAAUUACUAUAGGGGCCACAAAAACCCGAAAAAGAGGCUUCUAUUCAUAUGUUUCUAGUGGCCACUUUAGUGUCUUCUCCAAGUAGUCCUUAGAACACCUCUAUAGUGGCCACUAGAGUUUUUUCGCAGUAAGAUGAGAAUUUUAGGUAUUUUUCAAGAUUUUUAUAUUUUUUUUUUGAUUUUUUUCAUAGACAAGGAUCCAUUUUUGAAUACUCGGAAGCUUGAAAAAAGCUUAUUGCCGACUAUUUUUCUUAACCGUUUCAACCUUCUCUUGUAAAUUUUUCGCCAUGAUUUUCUUAAUCCGUAUUCGUUGCAGAUCCGCAAGUACCUCGACGCAGUUUGUGUGUAUUUGUGGGCCUCGGCGCCGCUUUUGAUCACGAUUUCCAUUUUGGCCACGUACACCUUGGUCCUACAUGAAAAGUUGACGUCCGCCAAGGUUUGGAUCCGAUUUCAUCAGAUUGCCGUUUCAGAUUCGUUUUUCAAGCUGAAUUUUUUCUUGUCUUCACUCUGUGCAUGCUAUGAACUAGAGGUGUUUAAAUAAUGCGAUGUCUGUAAAAAACGACCGUUUUUUUUGUGCUCCAUCGAAAAUUUAUAAAGAACGAGCGUUUUCGAAUUUUUUUUUCCUUCAAAAUACAAGUAGAAAAUGAUGUUUCGAUUUUUGGUAGUGGUUCCUCUUUCGUAAUUUCGACAGCAUCGUUUUUCAAAUCAUUUUUGAAGAUUUACUUUUUUCUCAUUUAAUUUCCGGUUUAAUAUAAUUAAAUUGACUGUAGCAAGAACCUAGUGAGAAGACUCAAUUUUUGAAAUUAAAAGAAAUGUCCAUCAUAAAAAAAUUUUUGAUGAGUAAUUUUCCAUUUUUUUUUUUUGCAAAGUUAUCAUUUUUCGACCAUAUAUAAGAUUUUUCGUUGCAUUUUUCAAAGCUCAUUGAUCCAAUUUUCCAGGUUUUCACCUCCCUGGCCCUCGUUAAUAUCUUGAUAAUGCCUCUGAACGCAUUUCCGUGGGUUCUGAACGGUUUGGUCGAGGCUUUGGUCUCGAUAAAACGGCUGGAAUGGUUUUUUGCCCUGAGAAAUAUCGACAUGAACGACAUUUAUUCACAGGCUUCGGGUUGGUUUUUCGAGAGAAAUGAGAGAAAAUCAAAGAUAAAAGGAUAUUUAGUUGAAAAGCUAUGCAUUUGGGCAGAAAAUAUUGGAAAAUCCUUGUUUCAUGAAAAUUUACAAGGCCUUACAUGACGAAAACCGGAAAAAAAGGUAAUGAGUAUUUCAGAAAAAAAGAUUAUUUUACAGUUUUUCGCAUUUUUUUCUGUUUAUAGAAUAAGUUCAAAAUGAAAAAAAUUUACUUACAUCGGAAAAUUAAAAAAAGUUGAGCUUCAUUGAAAUUUCAAUGAUUUUUGAAAGGUUCAAACGCGAAAAUUUGAGAAAAAAAUUAUUAGUUUCUUGAGAAUAAGGAAAGUAAAAAAAAUAAGGCAAUUUCAAAAUGAUUUUUUAUUGUGUUUCAAAUUUAGAAUAAGUUCUGAAAAAACGGUUUCAGAAGGUUCAUUUUUUUGUAUUUUUUUCGAUAUUUUUUUAUAGAAAAUAUAUUUUUUUCUAUAUUAAUUCCAUUUUUUUGCGAGAAAAAAACUUUUAGUGGACACUCAAAAAUCCCCCGAAGUUUGAAAAAAAUAUUUUUCUUGAAUGAGUAGGGAAAAAUUGUAAUGUUAGAAAUUUUUUUGCGAAUAUAGUUUUUUUAAGACGAAAAAAAUGCUGAUUUCUGUGAUCGAUUUCGAUAUUCUAUGAUGCUUUGCAUAGAAAUUAUAUUAUUUUUAUCAAAGUGAACCCCAUUUUUCGAGUGAAAACCCUCUAGGGAACACUCGAAAAUAUUCUUUUAAUUAAAAUAUUAUUCUUGAAAAAAAUUGGAAAAAAAAUAGAAGAUUUUUUGAAUAUCGAUCUUUAAGACGAGAAAACGCUACUUUCUGUGAUCGAGGGCAGUUUUUUUCUGGAGUUCCAACACGGUUGCCGUCCAGGGAAUCAAUUUUGAAGGACAAGAAGUUAGUUUUUUUUCUCAAUUUUUCAGCUUCUUGUAAAUUUUUUAAUCAAAAUUUACCUUUUCCCGUCAUUUACAACUGAAGAUUGAGCUUCUAGGGCCAAAUUAUCGGCAUAACCGGCCAGGUCGGAAGCGGAAAAUCGACCCUUUUGCAAGGUUUUCCGUGGAUUUUGAUUCAUAAUAAAUUUGCCGAUUUUGAGGAAUCCUUGGAGAAACGAAAUAUCUGAUUGAAGCCAUGAAAAUCCGACAAACUUCGAUUUCGCAAGGUUUCGGCUACGUCGGACAGGAAAGAUGGCUCUGGAGAGGUGAUUUUUAGGGGAUUUCAAGGCUUUGGAAGCUUUCAAAACUAUUUUCAUGAAGUUCAUCGAAAAUAAAGUGAAAUGAGGGUUUUACGCCGACGAAACAGCGGUUUUUGAUUGUGAACGCAUGAUAAGGAAUGGCAGAGAGCGCAAGUCGCUGGCCGUCGGGCGCAUGUUUUUUGGGGGUGGCUGGACAGUGCCGCACGCGUCUAGGACGUGAUGAGUGACUGAGUAGGAAUCUCAAUGAAAAGUGUGAUUUGAAAAACAGUUAUACCUCUGAUCCAAGUUUCAGCGCGAUUAUUUGAGAGGUGGAUGAUUUCGAAUGGUGAUUCGAGUACUAUGUUGGCUGCGCGAAAUUCGAAAUAGCCUUAAGAGAGUGAAAAAGAUAUCUAAAUUUUGGAGAGCCAGGCGCUCGGAAGAGAAAACUUGAAAGGAAGUUCCUGGAAUCAUCGGAAAAAAAUUAAAAUAAUGAAUCUAGAGGUACUUGGAAGUUGAAAAGUCGAAAAAUUCAUUUUAUCGAUGGUAGGAAGGAAUUUUGGGUUGCCGAAUAUUCGUGAGCGUUAAUUGUGCAUACACCAAUCUUGGAGGCUCGAAGCUUUGAAAACGAUUCUUGGGAACAUUCACUUCUUUUCUGAUUUUUUAUAAUUUUUCCAAUGUUUUUGUUACCAGAAGUUGAUGGAGAAUAUAUACAGAGUGAAUGAAAAUGUGGUAGCCGUUCUGCAGCGAAUCUUUGACUACGUCUAUGCGAGAAAGGCGCAUUAUUUGAUAAAAAGUUAGUUGAAAAAAAUCACACAGUGUUCAUUUGUGGUCGAAACACGACAUCCUCACAAUAAAACGACAAAGGAAAAAAAAAUGAAGGAAAGAAAAGAUGGAAAUUCAAAAAAGAGGUUAAUUUAUCCCAAGAAUCGUUUGCAAAAAUUCAAAUUUUCAAAGAUUCGAGCCUCCAAGAUUGGUGUAUGCACAAUUAACGCUCACGAAUAUUCGGGGAACCAAAAAUUCCUUCCUACCAUCAUUUUAUCAUCGUUCGGAAAAAAAUCCAAAAAAAUAGCAGUUCCUUCCGAGUUUCGUAGAGCUGUUUUUGGACUUUUCAAUAUUUUUCUUCCAACACGGCGUAAGGACCAAAAAAAUUGAAUAAUAAAUAUUGAAAUAUUGCAUUUCAUACAAUUCUCUCUUUUUUUAAAUGCUUUCUGAUAGUUUGGUCUUUUUAAUGCAUUCUAAAUCACUAUUUUUUUCUGACGUAGUUUCCUUUUAUUUUUUUAAAGUUUCAACGAAAAAGACAACAAAAAAAUUUUGAAGUUCGAGGUAACACAAAAAGCGGCUUUUUUUAUAAAUUUUUGUCAAGGCAGCUUUCUUCUUGCGAAAAAAAUUCAAAAAAAAGUGAAACAUCUGCUAGGAAAAAUAGAAAAAUACAAAGAAAAAAAGCGUUUUUUUGUAAUUCCGUGACAUAAUCGUUGAAUAUUAGUAGUUUUUAUAUUAAAAGGUUGAUCCAGAGAAAAAAAUCCGAGCUUUUGUUCAACUUUUUGGUGCUUUGAAGAAGUUUGAAACAAAAAAAUUAUGAAAAAAAUGCUCUUUUUUUCUGCGAGUUUUUUUAUGAAAUACUUCAGUGAAAUAUGAAGAAAAAGAGAUUGAAAUAAAAAUGAUUCUUAGGGACUAUUCGUGAGAAUAUCCUCGCCGGGAAACGCUUUGAACCGGCUCGGUACGAGGAAGUUCUGAGAGAUUCUUGCCUCAUUUCGGAUAUUCAGGUCAUUUUUUCAAGAUUCUGAAGGGAAAAAUAGAGAGUUUUAGUUGAUGCCCGGCGGAGAUGCCUAUGAAAUUUCGGAUAAUGGAUCUUCUUUGAGUGGCGGCCAAAGGACCAGGGUCGCUCUGGCCAGGGCUCUUUAUCAGGUUUUUUUCCUCGAAAAUUAAAAAUAAUCCUUGUUUUUUUUUUUUUGAUAGUUCAGCGGCUUCAAAGGGAAUAGUUUUUCAAGAAAUAUAAUCACAAAAAUAUCGAAUCAAUGAAAAAAAUAAACAAUAAAUGAUGAUAUUUUUGUAACUUUUUUUCGUAUUGAAAAGUAGCUCGACCGCAUUUGGAAUGGCUCGCGCAUUUUUUUGAUGUCACGAUAUUUUUUUGAUUUCCAAUAGUUUUCGGGGUCAUAGAUAUUGAAUUAUUUCAAAGAAAUAUUUUUGGUGGUAUAAAAAAAAUUAACGAGACUUUUCUGAUUUUUUCGUGUCGCUAGGGAACUUUCCGACUUUUUUUUCUAGAUAAAAUCUUCGUUUUGAAUUUUUUUCUAUAUGAAUAGGCAGUAUAUUCAGGAUUAAAAUACAAAAAAAGGGACAAAAAAAGUUAAUAAAUUUUUUUAUAAACCGGAAAAAUAUAUGGGAAAAAAAUUGGAAAAAGUCACUGUUGGAAAUCUUGCAGUUUUUCAUUUCAUACCUUCCAAAAUAAUGUGAUUUCCACUCCUAAAGCAAUGAGAUUGCAUUUUGUGAUUUUGACUCGAGAAUAUCGUGAGAAAAAAGACAUUUGUGCACUUCUCGAUUUUUUUCCAACAGUGCUCUUUAGACUAGAAAAAACGUUUUAUUGAACAAAGAAAUAAGGAAAUUCCAGAAAGAGUCCAAUUUUUCAUUCUAAUAUGCUAAUAGUUCAAAUGAAAUUGAAGUUUAUCGAUGAUUACCGUUUCAGACGUCAAAUUUUUUUCUUUGAAUUUCUGAUUUUUUUACACUUGUACUAACCAACUGAUUGAAAAAUAAGAAUUUUUGAACAUUUGUAGGACAAUUCGGUGUACCUAUUCGAUGAACCAUUUGCUUCGCUCGACCGAAAAGUGGCCGAUUCAAUCUGGAAAAAUGUCAUGGAAAAGCUCAGGGACAAGGUUUCUUUUCUUUGGUUUUUCUCAAAAGGAAGAUAAUUUCAAUCUGAAACAAGAUGACCAGAAAACUCCGUGGUGUACCGGAAAAAUGUCAUGGAAGUCUCAAACUGUGAAAUUUCCUGGCUUUCGAGAAAUAAGGGCGCAAUGCUCCGAAAAGGCCUAUUCUAAUGGAUUUUCAGGGUUCUUUUUGACUUACAAGUGAUCUUUUUCCGAAAAGAUUUGCUCAUUUUUACGGAUUUCUGGCUUUUGUUUAACUUUGUAAUGUUCUUUUUUUUCUGAAAAAUUUGCUCAUUUUAUCGAAGGUAUAGGAUUUUUUCCGACUUUGAGGUGUCCUUUCUAAAAAAAUGGCUUACUUAAUUGUUUUUGAAGCUAUUUUUGAUUGAAAACCUAUCUUUUUUCCGAAAAAAAUAGGCUCAUUUUUUUAUGAAUUUUCAGGGAUUUUUUUCGAAAAAAAUUGACUUAUUGUUUUUUUGGGUAUUUUUUUACUUGAAGCUAUCCUUUUUUGAAAAAUAGAAAGCUUUCCAGCUCGAGAAUGAUUUUUCAGGAUCAUUAUUUGGUACAAUAAAAAAGUGUUCUGGUCUGUUUCUCAUGAAAUUUUAAGAAAGGUCCCUGGAAAUUGUCGAUUUUAUAGAGUUUUGAGGUUUUUUUUUUGACUUCAAACCGUAAUUUCUCGAAAAAAGGGCUCAUUUAAGCGGUUUUUAGUGAGUUUCUUUGACUUUCAAGCUCCUUUUGUUUUCAAAACUAGGUAGUUUUCCGACUUGAGGAUGGCGUUCAAGGUUUUUAUAUGGUAUAUCCAGAAAGAAUCGGGUUUUCGAGUUUUCAUCACGAGUUUUCGAAGGUUUUCUUCGACUUUUAGGUGUCCUUUCUAGAAAGUUGGAUUUUAACGGGUUUUUAGGGGAUUUUUAUUCGUAUUUAAGAGAUCCUUUUUUUUCAACUUUAAAAUGACUUUAACUAUCUUUAUUUGGGUUACGAAUGAAAUUUCUGGUAAUUUUUCAGGAAUAGUAGUGAGAUGACCUUUCUUCUGACCUCCCAAAUCAAAAAUAACCCUGAUUAUUACAAUUCCAGGGAAAACUUAUCGUCGUGGCGUCACACGAAAAGCGGCUCCUGGCUCGGGCCAAUUAUAUGAUCGUCUUGGACUUCGACGGCCGUGUGAAAUUGCGUGGCGCGGCUGCCGACGUUCUGAGAGGCCAUGGAGAUGAUCUCCACGAGGAUAUUUCUUUCGUCGAUGAACGGGAUUCCAUGGAGAACGUGCUGGUCCCCGAGGAGGAGAAGCAGGUCGUUAGUUGGAAAGAAUAUCAAAAAGAGGGGUAUUUUAGAAAAGAAAAAAAUCUAGUUGUAGAUUCUCAACGAAACAGGAAACUCCAGGAAGAUGUUACAUCUCUUAGGAACUUCAAGUGGACCCUAUAAGGGCACGUGAGGGUUCCCCUCUGAGGCAACUAAAGCUAGCAAACAUGGUCCUUAUAGAGAUUUUAGUUAGUGGUCCCUAUAGAGGUCUUUGAAGGCGUCCCUCUAUAGACCAUUUUUCCUCACCCUAACCCCAGAGUGGUCCCUAUAGGGAUCCUUGAAGGCGUCCCUCUAUAGAGCACGUUUCCUCCCCCUACAGGGGCCGCUGAAGCUAGAUAACAAGGCGCUCAUGGAGGUUUUAGUUAGUGGCCCCUAUAGGGGCACGAGAAGGUCAUCUCUAUAGACCAUUUUUCUUCAUCCUACCUCUAGAGUGGUCCUUAUAGGGGCACCUAAACCUGGCAAAACAGGACCCUUGAAGUGGCUUCAGUUAGUGGUCCCUAGGAAGCAGGCUGAACGAUUAUUGUAUUGUUAGGACUAUGAGAAGAAGCAUUCCCAUGCGAUAAAUAUAAUAAAAUGGCGUUUUUUUUUAAGGAAGAGACUUUAAACUCAUAGGGAUCACCUAAUUUUUACCUCUAUAGGGGCACUUUUCUGUCCCCUAUAUUCCUGUUUUUGUCCCGUUUUUUCCCCAAGCCCUAUAGGGAUCACUAGCAAAGCUUCACUUUAGUGUUUUUGUAUCAAUUUGAAAAGGGAAAAAAAUUAAAAAAAUCCAAAUUUCAUGAGAAAAACUGUUCCCUGAGCAUGUCCAUUUGGAUACGGACUUUGAAAAAGUCAAGUUUUCUGGGAAGACCAUAAAAUUUAUCGAAAAUUAGUCUUCAAAUAGAAAUGUAGGACCUUAUGGAGCCUUACCAAGACUUGGCUUCAUAGCUUAAAAAACUUUUUUCAGUUUUAAAUUGUAAUUUUUCUUAAUCAAGAGUCCAUUGUGGCAACAAUAGAAAAAAAAACCCUCCAUAGACUUGGAAAUAAAAUAACUUUUUUCAAAGGUCUUUUCCAGAGCGGCGCCGUCCGCGUUUCGGUCUACAAGGCCUACGGCGUCGCGACAGGGGUCGCCAUGUCGGUGUUGAUCAUUUCCGCCUUGGUCGCCAUGCAGGCGACCAAAAACGGCGCCGAUUGGUGGUUGAGCAAGUUUGUAUAUAUAGUAUUCCAUUUCCGCGCGAGACUUCCAAGUUUCAAUGAGAAAUAAAAGCUACCGUAACAGCAGCAUUAUUUUGCAUUUUCCUUUCGAGAAACUCCAAAAAAAAUGCGCAAAAAGGACAAAAAUACGGCUUUUUCUGGCACAAAAGUGACAGGUCUGGGAAAAUGUUUAGUGGCCACUAUAGAGGUUCUUUAUUUAGUGGCCGCUUCAGUAGUUUUUCACCCAGUAUUGCUUCCAGUAACUCUGAUAUUUUUAAAACAAACCGAUUGGACCAGUUAUGUUGAUCCAUCGAUCCCUAAAGUGACCACUAAAAUUUCUAGUAGUCUAGUAGUAGCACUUGAACCUCUAUAGAGGCCGCUAAUUUUUAACCCCUUAAGUGGCCACUAAUUUGACUACUAUAUUAGCCAGAAUAACGUCUAAACCCUAUAUUGGCCACUAAACAUUUUCCCAGGUUGGCUUGAAAUUUUUUCAGCUUUUUAGGCGCUGUUUUUCAUUUAAUGCAACAGAAAGGAUUUGAAAGAGUAAUCGAGAAAAAGGCUUUAUAGCCUCAUUUUUAAAGUCCAGUAGCAAAUAGGUUUCAGUAAUAGUUCAAAAAUCCAUUUCUUAAAGUAUUUUUGUUUCGCGUCUGAAGAUUGUUCGAUAAUUUGAAUCUGGAGUUUUUUUUUCCUAAGGUUAAAAAAGAGACUGUUGAAAAUAUCGAUUUUUUCUUGAUUACGUAACAUUUUCCUUUGUAAAACUGAUUUAUUUCGAAAAUUUUGAGGAAAAGGGACCUAGAAGAUUAUUUUUGUAGGAAGAGUCAGUAAGUUGGGCUGUAAAAAACGUAGGAAUUUUUUUUAAUGGAUCUUUUUGAAAUUACGUUUUCGCUACUUUAUUCUGAUUCAUAUCAAUUUUUUAAAGUUUUUUUCAAAAAAAUUUUUUGGCUUCAAAAAUGAUGUUUUUCCUUCAAAUAAGACAGGAAGUUCCCAAAUUUUCUGCUUCUGGAAUCAUAAAACAGUUUUCUAUUGAAGAUGGACCGAAUCUCAAGGCCCCAACGCUUCGGCCAACUUCCCCAAGGACUUUAAUGGAGUUUGGCUGGCUGGAAGACGUUAUUAUGAGUAAUAAAUAUUAGAUUUAUGGGAUUUUCUCAUGUUUUCUGCUUGAAGAAUGCUCGGAGACGAGGAAAUGGACCGUUCCGUUCGUUUUCUGUGCAUUUAUGCGGCGAUCGCCGGGGCCAACACGGUAAAGUUGACGGAAAUCAAGGGAAAAAGCAUAGGAAAAUGAAAUAUUAUCAAUUUUUCUAUCUCCGUCUUUUUUUCACAGGAUUCAGACUAUAAUAAUUUUUUUGAAGAAUUUUCUUUUUUUUCUACGUUUUCUAGAAAGUAUCAAUAGAAAAAAGUUUUUCUUAAUUUUUAAAUUGGCUCGACGAAAAAGGAAAGUGACGUCCAAUUUUCCAGAUUUUCACCUUGAUUCGAGCUUUUCUUUUUGCCUACGGUGGAAUCAUCGCGGCCAGAUAUCUCCACGAGUCGUUGCUGCACAAGUUGAUGAAGGUUUGAUCCGAAAAUACUCUAAAAAAGACAGAGGGAUAAAUUUUUUCAAGAAAAAUCAGCAAAAAAGGCCUUAAAAAACCAAUUUUUACGGUUUUCGAUGGGUACGGUAUGUGAAAGUUCGUAACGCGCGCGUUGUGUGUUUCCACUUUCUGAGUGGUCCAUCUCGCUUUUUUUUCUCAUUUUCAUUGUAAGUUUUAUCGAAAUGGAUUACAAAUACAGGAAUCAGUCACUAAUAACCCAUUAAGACUUGAAAAAAAAAUAUAAAUCAAUCAAUUUUUUUUUUAUGAAAAGCGGGGUUCACCGUUUCAUCCACUCUUUUUACAAUCGCAAACUCCAGAAUUUUCAUUAUGAGCUGUUUUUUUAUAAAAAAAGUGAGAAAAAUGGAAUUUUUGAGAAUUCAUUGAAAAUUAAAACUUUAAAGGCCAUUUUUAACGGUUUUCAAUCUUUUUUUGACUUUUUUUCGAGGUCUAGGAUUUUUGUCUCGUGAUCUAGUACAUGAAAAAUAUUCUGACGAAUUUUCUGAGCUUCUUCUUUUGCAGGAAUCCUUUCCAUUUUUGGUCUCAUUUUUUUUUAAAUUGUUUACCUUUGAUUUUUGAUUAUUUUUGACUGGGAAGUUUCAUUUUUUCAUCAAAUUUCGCUGUCUCAUCAUAAUAAUAAGCUAUAUCUUGAAAUUCUCGGUUACUGUAGGCGCCAUUGUCGUGGUGGGACCGAACCCCGGCCGGCCGUGUGAUCAAUCGCCUCUGCUCCGACGUCUACACGGUCGAUGACAACUUGCCGUUUCAAGUUUCAAAGAAACCUGAUAAAAUAAAAAACAAUUGAAACUUUUAAGCUCAACAUUUUCCUCGCCUCCCUCUUCAAUCUGAUCGGAUCCCUCGUGAUUACGCUUCUCGGCCUUCCUUUCUUGGCUCCCGUCGUUAUUUUGCUCUUCGUCGUCUAUUUCUUCAUUCAGAACUAUUACAGGUGACAUUUUGGGUGCCGAAAAAAAAAAUUUUUUUUUGAGAACUUUUUCAGUAGUUCUAACAGUGUUGAGGUCUUGAAAGAUCAUGAAAUUCGAAAAAUUGGACUUUUUUUUCCAGUGAUUAUGAAUUAUUUCUUGUAUUUUUUUGUGAAAUUUGAUGUUGAGUUAUCUAAAAUUUUUAUACUUUUUUUCUUUUCUAUUGGAAGACAAAAUCUCAAAAAAAUAACGUUUUUUUAUGUGAAAAGUGAAAGUAGCGCGAAACUGAAUUUUCGAUAUUUUUCUUUUUUUAAUAUCGGUAUUGUUGUUUAUUUGAAACUGAAUUGAAUUUAUCAAGAAGGUUCCUUUCAAAUUAUUAACUCUCAAUGAUCUCGAUUUUUUAUUUUUCCAUUCUCAGUCUCAAUUUUGGUAUUUACCAUAUAAAUGCAAUCGAAAAAAGGAUGAAUAUCACUUAAUCGACCACUUGAACUUCUCUAGUGAUCACUCAAAGAAGAUCGAUCACUUUUUCGCCCCGAAGUUGAAUGUUUUUUCUAUUCUUUCGAAGAUAAUCAAUUAUUUUAUAGCAUUCGAAAAAAGGGAAAUAUAUCUUGGAUCUCUCUAGUGGCCACUUCAAAAAAAAAAAAGAUGCCUUUUUUUUUCUCAAACUUGAAUUUUUUCCCUUUCUGUAGUAGAUGAAUAUCUUUGUGAAGCAGCUCUCGAAAAAACUGAAUUUCCCUUAUUCGACCAUUUGUGUCUGUCCAGUGAUCACUCAAAGAGAAAUUGAUACUUUAUCACGUCCUAUUUUCAAUUUCCAGACUGACGACCGUCGAACUGAAACGACUUUCGACGCUAACCUUGUCGCCUCUUUAUUCGCUCCUUUCGGAUACCGUAAAUGGACUUGUGACCAUCCGAGCUCAAAGAUUGACUGAUCGGUUUCAAAUAAAUAUCCAAACUUUGAAAAAAAAAAAAUUAAAGAUUUGCUGGAAAACUCCGAGAGAGGCUGACGAACAACCUACGGGCGCAGUUUUCGUCGUUGGCCGCCAGCCAAUGGCUCUCCAUUCGGCUAUCUAUGAUUGCUGUUGCAGUUGUUUCGGCGAUCACUGUAGCCGCGAUUAUUCAGCAUCGAGUGACUCAUGUCGAUUCUGGUGGGUUUUAAAAAAAGAAUAAGAUAGAAAAAAAGAAAAAAAAAACGAAGUAUAAAUAGCUCCAUUGAGUUUGAAAUUAGCGAGCGAUUAAUGUAGAUUGCAUCGUUUUAAAAAUAGUUACUCAUGUAGAUUAGGGGGUUUAGGAAGAGUAAACGUGCCUCGGAAACUUAUUGGUGGGUUUUAGGGGAAGAACAAAAAAGAACAGAUGACAAUGCAGUGGAUAAUUAGAUUUUGAAGCUUGUCAUAUUACAAAGAAACGAGUACGAGUUUGAAACCGUCACAAAAAAAAAACCGGCCGACUUUUCCACAUUUGAACAGUCCGGGAGCGGUUGUUAUUAAACUCCAAGUUUUAAUAAACUAUUUAAGAAACUGUGAAGUAAUUUAUUAACAAAAAGUUUUUCCGAAUAACAACUCGAACAUUGGUAACGCGAAAAGGACGUUUCGGAGUAUUUCUAGGGACCACUUUAGUAGUUUCGGAACUCUCAAGUGACCCCUUGAAUUGCCCAGCUUCAUGUUACCAGAGUCCGAGAAAAAGGAAAUAAAGAACUGAAAAAAAAAAUCGAGCUGAAGCUUGUUUUCAAAGAAAAAUUGAAUAUUUUGUGAUUUUUUUGAAUAUUUUCAUUUUCAGGCCUUGUCGCCCUUGCAAUCACUUAUGCGUUGUCGAUGACCAGCCUUUUGAAUGGCCUUUUGGGAUCUUUCAUCGAAACUGAAAAGGUUACUAAUUUUACAAUUUUGAUGCGUUCUCAUAACUGAUUCACGGCUGGCUAUCGAAAAAAUGGUCCUGACACGAUAAUGAACGAGAUAGUGUCUGGCUCGUGGAGAGCGCAGACAGGGCACGCCCCCUUAGCCUCCCAAGCUAGCCGUGAAUCAGCUAUAUCAUUUUUCAACCAACUUUUCUUCAUUUUUCGGGAAAUUUUACAGGAAAUGGUGUCCGUAGAGCGAAUCGACGAGUAUUUGCAGACAGUUGAAGAGGAGAAAAGUCGGAAUGAUAAGGUUUUUCGAUGAAAAAAGCCAAGAAAAAUUCAAAAACUUCAGUUUAUCGAUCCAACGACGGUUCGUGGCAAGAUUGUCUUCAAAAACGUCUCCUUGCGCUAUAAAAGGUGAUUUUUUGAAGCAUCUCCAGAAAAAAUGUAUAAUUUCCAGUAAUCUCCCCUUGGCUUUGGACAAUAUUUCCUUGUCUUUCGAAUCCGGAAGACGAGUGGCCAUUAUCGGGAGGACGGGCAGUGGAAAAAGCAGCAUUUUCCAGGUUUUUGAGCUAAGAAUUUAAUUAUUCGAAUUGAAAAUCUAGCUUAGAAUAUGUAUAUUUAUAUAGAUUCUGUUCACGAUACGUGCUUAGAAAAUGCUAGAGUGGUCCCUAGAGGGUUACCAAGAAAUUUCCCCUCAAAGGACCACUCUAACUCUUCCUACAAGGGGCAAUAAAGCUUGCAAAAGUGGCCACUCUAGGGGUGCGUGCUAGUUGUGUUCUUAUAAGUCUUUGUAACUUUCAAAUCAGAAAAAUUUAAAGACCACUACAGGGACUACUUAAGCUUCAGGGACGGUGGUCCCAAUAGGGACCACCGGAAUUUUAGCGCUCUAGAGUAUUAUCUUAUCCAGUUUAGAGGAUUUCUACCUAACCCCUGUAGGGACCACUUAGGCGUUCCUGAGUAUCUUUUAAGAAAAUUUUCAAAGCUUCCAGGGGGAAGGAUAAGUCUUAAGGAAUGGAAUUUUUCGGUUUCGCAAUUUUGCACAUUUUUGGGAUCUUGAAUAGAAUUUUUACUGUAAAAAGUUGAAAUUCGGAUUUCAAAAUAAAUUUCCGAAAAUUUUGGGACAUAUAGGUUAUUCACGGCUAGCUUGGGACAAAAGGGGCGUGGUCUGUCUUCCCUCUCCACGAACCAUGGAAUAUUUAUUUUUUUUUUAUCGUGUCAGGACCCUUUUCAGAUGGCUCAAUCAUGUAUAAAACAGCUAGUUUCAAAAUAUUUGCUAUAAAGUUCUUAGGAAAUUUAGAAAAACAUAUUAUUCUAAGUUUACUAAAUUGCCAGGCUCUCCUGCAAUUGGCGCCAAUCGAAAAUGGAACGAUUCUUCUUGACGACGUCGACAUCAGAACCUAUGACAAAUUCGCCUUCCGACGAUGUUUCGGAGUCAUCCCGCAGAUGCCCUUCAUCUUUAGGUUCGAAAAUAUCUGAUGAUAUAUUCUGACCGAUUUUUAGGUAGUUUAGAAGCUUCGAGAAAAUUUUUUUGACUAUGGACUAUUUGAAAUUAGAGUUCGGCUCUUUUGAACGGAAAAUUUAGUUUGGUCAAAAAUUCAAAAAUCACUAAAGGUCGUUUGCGAGCUUGUAGAGGAGAAAAAAGGCGCUUUUUAAAUUUCAGUACUAUGGUAUUAUCGACCACAAAUGACCAAAAAGCCAAUUUUUUUAAAAUUGAAGUUCAAUUUCUCGAAAAAUUAUAAGUAACUUCAAAAAAACUCAUAAAAAAAUGUUUUUAUCAAAUGAAUAGUACUAAAAAAAGCAGGCCAAGAAAAAGUUUCAAGUCUUUUUUUCAGUGGAACUCUUUACGAUAACUUGACGGUGAACGGAGGAAUCACCAAUAGAGCGCAAGUCACUCAGGUCGUUCGCGUCGCGAAUUUAGGUAUUUCUGAAAAAAUUUCCAAAGUAACGGGAAAUGUUAAGAUUCGGUUCUGACAAGGAUCGGAGGACUGGACGGCGAAAUUAUUGAAGACGGCAAAAAUUUGUCCGUCGGAGAGAAGCAGCUCAUCUCCGUGUGCAGGAUCUUGCUCUGCAAGCCAAAGGUGAGAAAAAAAAUCAAGAAAGUUCCCAAAACUCGAAUUUAGAUCUAGGAAAAAUAGAAAAAUACGAUUUUUGUGCCUUUUUUAGUUUUCUAAGACUUUUUAAGGCUUGCGAAAUGAAACAUUUCCCAAAAAAAAAAAUCGCGAAAAUGAAUAGCGAACCUAUUUUACAUCAAGAAGAAGAAAAGAAUCCUCAGAAAAGGCACAAAAUUUGAAGUUUGAUAUGUAAAAUAUUGAAUAAUACGAAAUUAAGAGAUUUAAUGUCUUUUUUGAAACUUGUGUUCAAAUCUUUAGAUCAAAAGGUUGAUUUUUCAAAGGUCACACCAGGUUUUGCAGGGAAAUAACGAUUUUAAAGCGCCAAGUGGCCACUUGAGAAGAAUCACAGAAAAGUUCUGCAGUACUUCCAGUCACAAAAAUCGAAAAGUCCUGAGUUUUUUCAAGUUUUGUCAUGUUCAAAGGCUUUAUUGAGCCUGAAACCGUACCGUUUGACUAAUUUUAGGUUCAAUUUUUUGAAAAAUGAAACGAGAUUUUCAUUUAAUCUUGAUGGAUCUGUUAUCAGGAGGUCUUGAAGUACCCCUUUGUCAAGUUUCACAAAAUUUUCAACCCUUUUGGUUGCUUUUUCUUUGAGAAAUUUGUUGUGAAGUUUGUUCGGUCACUGAUUCCGAACCAUUGAAAAAAACUGUGGGCUUUAAGUGGAGAAAAUGGGGGACUUGGUUGUCGUCGGUCAUUAAUUAUUCCACUCCAUUAAAAAACUGUCAAUUUUUGGUUGUCGCCAGUCAGGCUCAUCUCAUGUAUUUUCCGAAUGAAUAAGCUGCAGAUCGUGCUGAUCGACGAAGCGACGUCGAACAUGGACCGUCAGACGCAUCUGGCGGUCUAUUCGCUCCUCCGGGCCCACCUCCCGAUGGCCACCAUUCUGUGCAUCCUGCACUCGCCCGACUCCAGCGAGAACUUCGACGGCGUCAUCGAGUUGGACCGCGGGAGCGUCGCGAGGCUCUUCAGCGCCUACCAUAAUACCAUUCCGGGACAUUAG